AUGGCAAAUAACACCAAGCGACCUCAAUGGCGGACCGCUGUCGAAGUGGCCGUGAUCUCCAUCGUCAUCUACGUUGCACUAGGCGCACCUGGCCUGUCAUCUCUAGGCCCCACAAACAAUGAAAACGUCAAGCAGAGUGUACCUACAGCUCGUGCCAAGAUCGAGUCUCUCGUAUACCCGGACGAGACAUUGUCAUGUCCGUCUCAUAAGUACGGUGUCCACGUAGUCACUAGCGAGCCUCUGGUACUGUACAUCGAUGGCUUUCUCUCAGGGGAGGAAGCCGAUUACCUGGUCACCCAAAGUCAAGACAAAUGGCAGACCUCUACAAUCUUCAAUGGCGGUGUCGAGACUACUGACGACAAAGUCCGAAAGUCGGAGAAGGCUCUCAUCGACCGCGACGAUACCGUGCAAUGCAUCGAACAACGGGCCUUGGCAUUCCAAGGCUGGCCAGCGGAAACCUUCAUCGAACGACUCUGGACUCAACGCUACAACGUAACCGGACACUACGCCUACCACUACGACUGGGCGACCGCGAGCAAGAUAUCCCGUCGCGUAAGCACAUUCAUGGUCUACCUGGCGGCCGACUGUGAGGGUGGCGGAACGCAGUUCCCCAAGAUCGCGAGGCCGAAGGAUGCGAGGUGGUGUGAGUUUGUGGAUUGCAGUCCUGAAGCUGAGGAGGGAGUCACUUUCAAGCCAAGAAAGGGCGCCGCAGUCUUCUGGUCCAACUUCGAUGCCGCUGGGCGAGGAUACAAGGACACGAUACAUGCUGGUCUGCCCGUCACGAGUGGUACGAAGAUUGGCCUGAACAUUUGGAGCUGGUAUCAAGCUGGGCACUCCACUCCGCAAGGCCAUAUCUCAGGCCCAUCGACUGAGCACGUUGCCUGA